AUGGAGUCGCGUCUGCUGCUUGUGUUGGUGUGCGCGCUCUGCGGGGUGUGCGGGGCUACGCCCAUGGGCGGGCCGCCGCCAGCCGACCCGCCCCCCAAGGACGAGGGGGCGUCCGAGCCGAAAGAGCCAGCCGAACCGGAGGAGCCCGGCCCGCCCGAAGACCCGCGCUGCAAGAGGGUCAACAGUGAAGCCGACGAGAGGGACUUCUCGGUAUUCUUGGCUGCUUUCGUCGUGACUGGAUUUUUUGAAGAAAGUGAUGUCGUUGUGGAAAAUGGAGUGUUUAAUGGGAACUUUCAUUACGGAGGAGAGAUGACGGCUGAGUUACCUGUAUUAUACAAGUUGGAAUUUAAAUCUGGGGACACGUACCAAGCUGUAGGCGGCGGAUUUGAUAGUAUGCAAGGUUUGCUGGAAAAAUUCCCUAAUGUUGUCAUGUGUAUGAACUGCUACUUGAAUCCGAAGCUGGAGCUUCCAAUGGCAAUAGUGGAGGAUGGUUUGGCGAUGGCUGACUUCGAACUUUUUCCAAGACUAUUUCCUCAAGGCUUCCCCAAGGGAAAAUAUUUCGUAGUUAUAAAUCAAACAUGCGAGGGACUAGACGAAAAGUAUUGUGGAACUAUUCGAGUUGACUUCGAAUUAAAGCCAAAUGCCGAUUAA